AUGUCGGUAGCUUGGCUCAAUACAACACUAAAUGGAACACAGCCAUCGAGCUGCCAGCAUUCGACAGCAGAAAACAUCGGAAUAACUUUUGCUUAUUGCCUCUUGAUGGUUGUUUCGCUGGCUGGGAACACGUUCAUUGGAAUAAUUGUCUACAAGACGGAAAGUAUGAGAAAACCCAUCAACUUUUUAAUCGUAAACAUGGCCAUCUCUGAUCUGCUGUAUCCAAUUUUUGUAUUUCCGCGUUUUCUAUCAAGUUUGUAUGUAGACUACUGGUUGAUAAGUGGUCCUCUUGGCCAGGCCUUGUGUAAGCUUGUGCUCUUCUUCCAAGAUAUCUCCCUCUCUGUGUCACUGCAGAGUGUGGUUUUGAUAGCAGUGGAUCGAUUUGGAGCUGUGGUAUAUCCCCUCCGUUCCCCACUCAUCAGUUCAAAGCUGUGUCCGGUCUUCAUUCUCGCCACUUGGAUCGUCGCUAGUGCAGUCUUCUCCCCAGAUCUAAUCGCCUUCAACCUGGUCGAAAAUCCAAGAGGGCUUGUGUGUAAAAUGCAGUGGAACGACGCCUUCGGAGAGUCUUCUUCCUUACAAAAUUACUUUGUAUCAACGUUUGUGGUAUUCCUUUAUACUCCUUUAGUGUUGAUAACCAUACUUUACAUUAUCAUCUAUGUAAAGCUUAAAUCACAGAAGAUUCCAGGAAAUGACUCGAUCAAUGCUGGACGACAACGCCUUCUGAGGGAACGUAAUGUGCUUAAGAUGGCCGUUGCUGUUGUGUCAGGAUUUGCAGUAUGCUGGCUGCCCUUCGGUAUCAUAAUCUUAGUCAGUCUCUUUAAGUGGGACCAGACUACAAAGUCGUCUUGUGGUGUCGGACAUCUUCUUACUGUGGUCGCAAUGAUGGCUCGCGCAAAUUGUGCAAUAAACCCUUGCAUCUGUUUUAUUUCAAGUGGAAAUUAUCGUAAAGGACUUAAGAAAUUGUUGAAAUGCUCUUGA